AUGUCGAUGCGGAUUGCCGGUGUUCGCCCCGUCAGAUCAGCAAAAAAGUUCCAUUGGCGCCUUGCUCAGCAGCCGCGACACACGUACGGCUCGAUGAGAAUGUCGGCCUCCUUCCGCCAGGUUGAGCACACCAUCAGUGGCUCCCACACAAGAGAGUAUCUCGGUGCAACGGCCAAUGGAGACGACGAUGUUCCCCAACUGGCUGUGAAGCAGUACAUCCCACUCAACAACCCGCGCCCGCAACCUGGCGAUGUGACCAUUAUUGGCGCCCACGCCAACGGCUUCCCCAAGGUCUCCCCUUUGCCCGCUUUUGGCCUUUGGCCAGAAGACCCAAAUUCACAAGAGCUAACUAUUUCUGCAGGAGUUUACUGUCAGACUCACGCUUUUCCAGCGUCCUGGUUCGACCACGCCAGAGACUUGAUGAACCUGAUCAACUCGAAGCAAGACGACAUCCGGCACGCCAUCGCCGGCAUCCGCCACAGCAUGGGCGGCACACAACUGUGUCUCCUUUCGCUGAUGCACCCGCGGCUCCUCGACUCGCUGGUCCUCAUCGAACCCGUCAUCCAGAUGCAAAACGGCGGCGUCAUACCAGCCGUCCUGUCCACACGCCGCCGUGACGCCUGGCCGUCCACGCAAGAAGCAGUGUCCAAGUUCAAGGGGACGAAAUUCUACCAAGCUUGGGAUCCGCGCGUCCUGGACCGCUGGGUCAAGUACGGCCUUCGCCGGGGGCCCACGGAGCUCUACCCAGAAGCCGAUGGCGAGCAGGCGACGCUGACAACCACGAAGCACCAGGAGCUGUUCACCUUUCUGCGACCAACGUACCGCUCCGAGUCGGCAGACGCCAUCGUCGACCGGGACCCUUUGGGAGCAGGAAUUCCCGGGGUAUCCGUUUUACCGGCCCGAGCCGGCACACGCCUUCCGGCGGGUACCGGACCUGCGCCCCAGCACGCUGAGAAGAUGGCGAGGACGGGCACCGGGGUCGGGGGUAGUGGCGGCGCCGAGGCCGGCCGUGUGAGGCAGGCUGUACUCGACUGCGGGCAUCUGGUGGCCAUGGAAAAGGUUGCAGAGUCGGCGGAUGCAAUUGGCGAGUUUCUCGGGGAAGAUCUGGCCAGGCAGAGCAAGGAGAGAAAGAAGUUUGGGCGCCGUUGGAAAGAAAAGACGAGAAGAGAGCAGUUUACCAUCGAUGAAAGGUGGGCGAGUGAGGUUAAGCCGUCUUCGCUGGAUGGUCGUGGUACAAAGCUUUGA